CUUAGACUCCUAUCUCGCUUUUCAUUUUUUUUGUCCGACGCCUAUCGCACCAAUGGUAGGCGAAUUAUGGUACCUCUCAGUAAUAACUGCAUGUCGCCGUGUCUAAAUAUAGGUAGCAGCCCCUAUUCCACGGAUUGGAACGGGCGCGCCAAGCAUCGUAAUCGACGCAUACCGUCGAACGCCUCGUCCGCUAUCGAGAGAUCACGGAGCCUCUUAGCAUCUCUGCCGUUUGGGGGCGUUUUUGGCGUCGUCAACUCGUAAAGGGAUCGACCAUAGACCUCGUAGAGCUACUACCCUUCCGCACUCCGGCGAACCGAUUUUCAGAUUAAAUACCUACUCGAGCUCACCGACAUGUAAGGGGGAUGUUCAGCUUCUCGAGACAGCCAGUGGUGGCGUCAACCGGUAUAACCGGUUGAAACAGGAUCUUAGUGAGCGGUAUAAUCCCAGCCCUGAAUUCCUCAGUUAAAACGGACAUGUAGAUCGUGCUUGUGGUUGUCUGUACCGAUCGUUUAUUAGCCAACUCCUUCCUCUGCUCUCUCUCUCUCUUCCACGGAGUAGAGCUCGAACUUCCGUUCCGGCUUACAUACAACCUAUCUGCCUGUUAACAGAGCUGCUUGUCAUGGCCAUCCAUCCCUCGGAUAUCUACACCGGUAUUUGGACGGACUGGGCGGAGGGCAAUAACUGGAUGCUCAUUUCGAAAAUAACCAUCUCUUCCAGAGUAGCUGGAGUUCUGACUUCCGUCUUAACCCUCUAUAUAUCUCUAGCCGCGUCACAACUCUGGUACUUGACCGCCUACACAAUCCACUGCAUCCGCCAGGGAGUCACUAGAAGCGAAUGUGCACCAAUUCUUCAGCAGCAGCAGGUCAUACUCAAGGCCUGUCUUCCCGCCCCGUCCGCGGCGACUCGCUUUACGUAUUUAUUCUGGGCGAAUCGCUCCGCACCGUCCUCUCUACUAUCCUCGCUGCCUCUUAUCCUCUUAGCAACGCUAUAUGCCGUUGGUAGCAUCGUUGCCGGGCUUUACUCGUCUCAAAUCGUCAACUCAUCCAGUCUUGUGGUUCUUCUUAACUCCUCGAACUGCGGUUACGUGAACCCCGACACGUCGGCUGCCUCUGGGGAUAUCGAGGUGGCCGUUGAUCGGUAUUAUCUAAAUACCUUAACUAUGGCAACCGCGCUCUCUCGCCAAUGUUAUAACGCGACAGAUACGGAACUCUGUGGCCCCUUUGUGCAGCCUACGUUGAACUGGACAACCAACUGGAAGGCCAGGUGCCCCUUUCACGAAUCCAUGUGCGAUGGCCCUGCUAUCGAGCUCGACACGGGUCUAAUCAAUUCCAACACCGCUCUCGGCCUCAACUCGCCACUCGAAGAUCAAGUCAAUCUCAGGAAGAUCACCACCUGCGCCCCCAUUACCCAAGACGGCUACACAACCACAGCCAAAGUCAAUGCCUCUAACACGUACGCCCGGUCCUUCGUCCCAGGAGACGAGAUGGUUUUGAAUGCGUACGGGCGCUCGGUCGCGAACCUAGGGGGAAAUUUUACCUGGGGCGUCAGUAAAUAUGCUGCAAACAGCACGCUCAUGCGUACAAUGUGGCUUCAAGUAUAUUUUGGUGGCCCCAAUGCUAAUAUGAGCUCCUUUCGCCCUAUCCCUGAGAUGGAGGCGCCGGGAGAUGCCACUCUCUUCUUCAUCUCCAACAAUGCACUGCUAUUUGUUGAACCGUGCGACGACCCCGUCUUCUCCGCGCACAUGGCCUACUGGCACCCUCUAACCGAUUCGACUUACUAUCUUCAGGACCGUGUCACCGGUGUUCUAGGCUGUCUUGAACAGUAUCAGUGGUGCGAUGCGCAUAAGGGCGCCUGCUCGACCGUGGGAAAUGUCGGUGAUUUGAUGACUCAAUUGCCACGCAACAUCGUCCCUACGGCCAUGCAAAACGCAACGAUCACGAUGAUAGCACAGGCCCUGAAGGACCAUGCCUCUCUUCCUCACACUGCCGCAUUGCCAAAUCUGAAUCUGGCGGCAGACCGGAACGCCAACAUACCCUUCCAACUUCCCCUGCCAAGCAAUCAGUGGCAGGUCGAGGUCCAGAACUGGCACGCCACCGUCAUGGUGCUGCUUCAGCAAGCGCUGCUCCAACGGAUGGCUGGCCCAACUGAUCCGGUCCUUAGCCGCUACGUCGAUCGCCCAUCUACGCCGGAAGAUAUCGCCCUCUGCGGCCGUCAGCGCGUACGACUGUGUCCCGGCGGCGGGGUCGCCAACGUUUCCACCGUCGGCCUCUUCCUUAUCCUCACAUCCAGCACACUGGUCAUCCUCACCAGUCUAUUCCUCGACAAGAUCGCCGGCUAUGUCGGCGGUUGGUUGCCCAGCGUGAGGGCGAGACAGCGCACGUGGGUCCUUGACGACUGCUUGCAUCUCCAGAGACUCGUUUACGAGGCACGGGCGAAGGUCCAGGGAGACGAGGAGCGCGGUCCCGAGUACGUAUGGGUCGGAAUAGAUGGAGAUACGCCUCGCGUUGUGGGUGACGCGCUGCUUGGGCCGCUAGUCGGCCCCGAUGUCAAGGAUGUGGCACUCAAGCCACUCAUCAGUCCCUAGUUACCUUGCUUCUAGCGACGCAGGGGAACUUUCUGGUCCGCGCUCAGUACCUACAGCAGAGCAGUUGUGUAGCCAGCGACGAAACAUGAAAAAAAAGGGGGGGUCGGAGCAUCUCCCCCAACAGCUAGGUCGCUUUCCUUCUAUCUUGAUAUCACGGGCUAGCAAAUCUCCGUCGUAAGGUAUUAGACUCGACGUUGACUUCGUUGAGGCCAAGCUUAAAGCCAACGUCUCAGAGGUUAUAUCUGCGGUGCAUGAUUUCGUCGUGCCUCAGGUGCGUGACCUCGUAGAGUAUGCCAAAAUCAACCACCUCUUUAGGCCGUUCUCUUUCCGACUUUGGCAAGACUCUCUAGCGAAGUUAAGACUCAUGAGAAUACGUUCAGGCCAAGUUCUUCGUGUCUUUCUCAACCG